GAGAUGGACCAACCCAGCUACUACGAUUGUGAAUCUGAAUGCGCCCUAUCUGAAUGGGGUCUACGCAAAAACAUUGUGAACGAUUUGGCUGUCAUGUAAACACACUUAUUAUGUCAUCAGUUUCAGGUAAAACCAUAUACAUCAUGGGGACUUCACGGCGGCUCGUCACCUUGUUGUUAUACGCAUUUCUAUUGAACGGAGUUGGCGGUACUGCUUACGAGAGACUGGACGGGUGGUAUAAUAAUUUGGCACACCCUGACUGGGGGACCCCAGGGACCCGCCUGCUUAGAAAAGUCCCGGCUGUGUACUCUGACGGCGUGUAUCAGCCCUCUGGCGCUGACUGGCCAAACCCACGCUUUAUCAGUGAAACGGCGCUCAAAGGGGUCUCCGGGCUACCUUCCCACAAAAACAGAACGGUAUUCUGGGCUCUGUUUGGUCAAUUCGUCAGCCUGGAGAGUAUCAAGGCCAGUGGCGCUGGGUGUCCUAGAGAGCUGACACCGGUGGCAAUCCCUAAGUGCGACGCCCAGUAUGACCGCGGGUGCACCGGGACUAAGAAAACUCCGUUUCUGAGAGCCCCCUAUGACAAGAAAUCCGGCCACUCCCCUGGCUCGCCCAGGGAACAGAUGAAUGGAGCAUCCGCCUUCAUUGAUGGCAGCGUCAUUUACAGUAAUAGUAAGGUGUGGAAUAACGCUAUGAGGACAUUUGUGAACGGCACCAUGAAGUCUCGAGAUGGAGAUGGUCUGUGGCCGGUGCUGAACACGCCGUCAGUUCCUCUGGCGAAUCCUCCUCCUGCUCGGGAACAC